AUGGUAACACAGAAGCCCCGGUACGCUCCAUCCCACCCCGCCGUACCCAAAAGGGGUGGUGGCCGGUGCCACCGGCCCGCAGGUGCCAGCCCGGCCGGGGCAGAGCUCCCUGGGCAGCUCGGCGGCUCUCCCCGACCCCCGCGCAGCGCCUCCCUCCUGCCCGGUCCUCCGAGCGGUGCCUGGCCGACGCCGCAGCGCUGCCGUCGGGAGCGGCCCCGCUCCGCCACCCAGGCGCGGGACAGCCGGUCCGUGCAGCGCUGCGGGCCGGGACCGCGGCGGGAGGUGAAUGUCCGGCCGCCGCUCGCGUAUUCGCCCUGCAACUACAGUAACCUCUCGCGGGCCACGGGGAGGCGAACGGCGGCGCAGGGCGUGGUCCGUGCUCGUUUGACUGGGAACUCGCGCUUGUCGGCGGGGAACGCGCGGGAGCAGCCGCUCGAGCUUUCCCGCUUCGGCUUCACUCUCGCGGGCGUCGAGAAAAUCCGGGCCGGGCCCGAUGCCAGCAAGGCUCGCGACCCUCACGCCAGGCUGAGCGGGGCAGGCAGGGCGAGCCGGCAUGCGGGCAGGAAGGCGGUGCCCCCCCGCCGCGGGAAUUGCGAGGCGGCCCGCCGAGUCAGGGCGCCCCGCGCGCCCGGCCCGCACAACGUUUGCCGCGUCCUCGCCCGCAGGGCCCACGGCUUCUAUGCCAGGGAUGCUGGUGUCGCCCACAGGAAAAACCUGGGACUCCUCAGGAAGAUCAUGUGUCAGGAAAGUACUAAAUUCAAGAAUGUUUGGACAACUCAUUCUGCAUCUCCUAUUGCAUAUGAAAGAGGAAGAAUAUACAUGGACAAUUACCAGUGCUGUAUUAGCAGCAUUGCACAAGCCCCAAGAAUACUUUAUCAAAAGUCAAAGUGUGCUAAGUCAGAAAAAAUAGAAGAUGCUUUAUUAUUGGAAUGCCCACUGGGGGAAAUGUUACCAAGUCCCUCAGAUUAUAAAGCUUCCCUGAUAGUCUUGACGGUGCAGAACUGGCUUCUACGUCUCUCUGCUGAUAGUGGAGAAGUACUGGAAAAAAUAUACCUUGCUGGUUCCUGUUGCAAGUCCUUCAGGUAUCUGAGCUGGGAUACUCCUCAAGAGGUAAUGGUUGUAAAGACAAUUCAGAAUAAGCUCCCUGCAGCAGCACGGCAGGCAGGAAUACAACAGUCUGUAUUGUUUUAUCUUGCUGUAUUCCAAGUUUUACCUCUUUCUUUCAUUGGAAUGCUAGAAAUAAACAAAAAGAUAUUUGGCAAUAGUGUGACAGAUGUUGCUGUUUCUAAUGGAAUCCUGAUUGUAAUGUAUAGCGUGGGUCUGGUCAGACUCUAUAACUUCAAGGCCAUUUUGGAACAGUUCAUGGAACAGCCAUUUGAUUUGGGACAAGAAUUCAACUGGAAUGGUCAGGUGGGAGUUGUUGGAAAGUAUCCAUUUGGUCUUCCAUGUAACAUUAAAAUAACAGAUACCCCACCUUUGCUAUUUGAAGCAUCUUCUCUGGAGAAUGCAUUUCAAAUUGGAGGUUACCCUUGGCAUUAUAUCAUCACACCUAACAAGAAAAAACAUAAAGGAGUCUUCCAUAUUUGUUCUCUGAAAGACAAUACUUUGGCAAAAAAUGGCAUACAGGAUAUGAAAUGCUGUUCACUUGAACCUGACUGGAUAUAUUUCCAUCCAGAUAUGUCAGGUAGAAUAAUCCACGUGGGACCAAAUUUGAUAAAAGUCUUGAAGCUUAAGGAAGUUAAAAAUCGUACAGAUCAAAUGGAGAUUGCAGAAGAUUUUACGAUUGUAGCCAACAGAGAAAACUGUGUGAACAACACUGUUACUGUAACAGCUUCUGGUCGAGUGGUGAAAAAGCGUUUUAACUUGCUGGAUGAUGACCCAGAACAAGAGACAUUCAAAAUCGUGGAUUAUGAAGAUGAACUGGAUUUAUUAUCCACUGUGGCAGUUACUCAGAUAGGAGCUGAUGGAAGAGCUCACCUUGAUUUUCAUUGUAAUGAACAUGGGAUUCUCCUUAAGAGUAUUCCAUUCCGGGAGUCCUGGGAUGUGACUUACAGUCAUGAAGUUUACUUCGACAAAGACCUUGUAUUACAUAUAGAACAGAAGCCUAACAGGAGAUUCAGUUGUUACGUUUACCAAAUGGUCUGUGAUACUGCAAAAGAUGAUUAAUGUUCAAGCCAUGAAAAAACAGAAAGUGUUUUGUAAAAAAGGAGGGAGAACUUUUGAAUAUAUUUAAACUAUAACAACUACAGAGACUUCAGUUUGGAUGUUAUUUAAGGACUCCAUACAUAGAAAGUAGUCAGCUACUGUUUUCUGGCAGGAUUUAAUUGUAACAUUUUGUACUGCUACAAGAGGUUUGGGGUUUUUUUUUUUUCUUUGUAACACUGUACACUUGCCUGUAGUCCAUAAUGGCUCUUCAUGUAUUCACCAGUUCAUUAAUGCUAGGUGCAGCAUUUAUUGCUUCUCUUCAGCAAUAGGAUUGAAAUACUGGACAUCAAGGAAAAAGAUGUGGACUUACUGAUUAUCUGCCAUCUGCCGUGAUCUGUCUUACAUAGUUUUACCUAUGCAACUCUAAUAUAGACUGUCAAUUAAACAAAGUAUAUAAAACUGUCUAGGAUAAAUUUUAUAUGUAGCAUGAAAAUUGCAGUGUUACCAUUAAACCACUUAGACAAAAACCUUCUCUUGCUUUUGUGUGAGAAAUAAAAUCACGCAGGUUUUCUGGUUGUGUA